GUGACCGCAGACCGCAUUAAAUGGUAAAUUGUCGACGUAUCGGGAAGCUGAAGUAAAAUAUUAUUUCAGCCUCUUUUACUUUAGUUUAGAAUUUGACGGUUCCUAAAAUCAAAUUCAAUUGCCACUUAAUUUUCAACAUUUACAUUUAUUUUUUACUAGUAUUUUGAUUAAAUUAUGUUCAUCGAAACUCUCCAUCAGUUUAUAGAAUGAAAUCAAAGCAAUACUUCUGAGUUAACAUGUGUCCUGAAAGCGAAAAUUCUUUAGGGAAUCCCAAGGCAAUCAUACUAUUAAGUGGUAAACGUAAGGCUGGCAAAGACUACAUUGCCAGUUUAUUGUUUCAAAGAUUUGGGACUAAAGAUUGUACAAUUAUUCGGCUAUCUGGCCCAUUAAAGGAAAGAUAUGCUUUAGAAAAUAAUUUAGAUUAUGAAAAGCUGCUUGAUUCAUCUGAUUACAAAGAGCUUCAUCGUGCCAAAAUGAUACAGUGGGGAGAAGAAAUCAGAAACAAAGAUCCUGCCUACUUUUGUAGACAUGCCAUUGUACAAGCUGAGGCAAGGUCCAAAGGCAUUUGGGUUGUGAGUGAUGCCAGGAGGAAAUCAGACAUAGAUUUCUUUUGCAAGCAUUUUCCGGAAGCAACGAUGACCAUCAGGAUAAAUGCUUUGGAAGAAAUAAGAAAGAAGAGAGGAUGGAAUUUUACUGAAGGUGUGGAUGAUGUAGAAUCAGAAUGCGGCUUGGACACUUUUGAUUCGUGGGAUUUCCGAAUCGACAACAAUGAUUCACAUAAAACACUACUAGAUGUUGAAAUCAUUGUAGCAGCAAUGAAACAACUGAAAAAUCUAAAUUCGACAAUUUCUACAUAAUUAUGGCAAAUCUAUAAAAAAUUAAUGUAUUAAUUUUAGACAAACAUUUUAGUAUAUUUAUAUUAUAUAAAAAAAACUAUGUGUCUUAAAUAAAUAUUAUGAAGGUACUUUUUAAUUUUUGAAAAUUAAUAGUAAGCAACAUUUUUUUGUUUUGUUUUUGAGAUUUGAAACCUCAUUUGAUUUACCUCAUUUCCAGAUCAAGAAAGACCAACAUAUAAUAAUCAUCCCCCCCCCUCCCCAAUAUAAUCGUCCCGUUGCACUACAUAUCUAAUAGACGUACAUUUGUUGAUGGUGAUGGCAAAAGAAACUUUCAUCGGAUACUGUAAUCAUUUAAAUUUUAAAAGGAAAUAUACAGGGACUAUGGGGACACAAGUCUUAUAAGCCAACAGAUCUGCUGCUGAAACUGUAAGAACAAUACUCAAAAUCAUAUUAUUCUGUAGGAUAUAAACACACAAAAAUCCGCUCUCUCUCUUUAUUAUAUUAGUAUAGAUUAAAGAAAUAUAACAAAAAAAUGGGUGUGAUUUGGGAUAUUUUUCAAAAAAAUAUAUUUACCAACAUAUAGCCACACAGCCAACAUAUAGCCAAAUAAUCACUCCCCAUCUCAAGACCACAGUGAAUUCGCUCCCACAUAAGUUUCCUUUUCUCUAAUUUUGAAAGGUGUGCAUUGGGUCAGCAGAAAGGGUCCACAGUUAAAACUUUCCAUUUUAACUGGGCAUGACUGUCUUUGUGCCCCGCCAAUCUUUUUUCAAGGGCGCCCAUAUGCAAAAUUGUAAGGGAGGCUCAGAUAUUUUUUCCCCAUGGGUUAGGAGGGUAUUUUCUCCAUGAAAACCGAUUUUAGGACAGAUUAGAGUCAUUAAAAUAUUUCAUUUUAAAUAACUUAUUCAUUAAUGGCUGGAAAAUAAAUGUUUUUAAAUUUUUGCAAAGAAAAAGAUACCAAAGGCAAGUUCUAAUUUCAAAGGGGGGGGGGGGGGGGCUGCCCCCCCCCAUAUGGGCGCCCUUGUCUUUUUCGCUUUAAAAUUGUAGAUACUCUUCUCGAAAUCUAGUGGCUUAAAACUGGCAUUGGAUAAAUGAAAAUGUUUAAUUGUUUUUAUUGUGAUGCAAUCUGUUAAUGUUAUAAUUUUGGACAAAAAGAUAGUUGAUGUUGUCUUUAGAUUCAUAAAAAUUAUCGACUUCCCAGUGUACCACUUUGUCCUAUUUUAAAUAUGAACAGCAAAAUGGAAAGACUGGGUAUAAUAUGCAUUUAAACAUCAGUUUAUAGAAAUGUGUUUAGAUUUUGAAAGAAAAAUACUACAGUUCAUGAUAGCUCUACAGUUCAAAUUCCCUUUGUUUAUGAAAUAACAUUGGAACACACAAUUACCACAUAUAGUAGUGCUUAAAUCAUUUAAAGUAAAUCUGAGAGUCAUGUUUUAGUAUUUGAAAAUUAUUUCUUAAUGAAAGGAUUAAGUUUUUUUUAAAAAUACUUCAAUUGUAAACUAUUUAUUAUGAUAAAAUAAAGUAACUCCAUUGACACUUUUAUGGUAGGGAAUCUUUCUUACGAUAUGACGAAAAGGAAGUCACUUUCUUUUCUUGUUGGUUACAGUUGUUUUCCGCACUGUAAUCAUUUUAAAGUAGAUUGUGAAAAUAUAUUCACAGCUGUGAGUUGUAUCUCAUCAAAAACAACCCUG